AUGUUCGCGCGACGGGCGCGAGGGGUGAUCGAGCGCGCGGUGCGGGGCGUCGCGCUGCGCGAGCGGACGCCGCUCGACGGGGUGGCGACGUCGACGACGGGCGUCGCGGCGUUCGCGCGCGCGCGAUCGACGAACGCGACGUCGGAGCCGCUGUUGGUGACCAUGAUCGGGCUCAAUCGACCGUUAAACGCGGUGCACCGGAUGAUCGAAGCGAGUGGGGCGGAGAUUAAGGAAUCGCGGAACGUGAAGCUCGGCGGGCGGGCGAGUAACAUGUUCUUGGUGACGAACGCCGAUCCGAUGGCGCUGAAAAAGGAGUUCGAGGGCGAGUCGUACGACUUCUUCUCCGUGUUUCCGGCGCGGAACACGAUUCAGGACGUGAAGGGGCCGUACUGCGAGACGUCGCCGUUGUUGCCGUACGUGCGCAAGGCGACGCUGAACGUUCCGUACAAGAAGAACGUCGUCACGGAAAUCGCCGAUUAUCUGUGCAGCAAGGGCGUGACUCUGAGCCACAUGGACGAGUAUCGCUCGGGAAGAGAUGUCGUUUUGGAGUGCAUCAUGCACCUCCCCACCGGUCUCGCCGAGUUCCCGGCGAUUGACGACAAAAUAAUUCUCGAGCGUCUCGAGUCUCUCGGCGUCGUCGUCACCGAAUUCGGCCGAGUCGAAGGUAAGCCCAAGAAGAGCGCCGCCGCGUGA